UACACAGCGAGAAAGGAACACAUGUCUGCCGAAUUGAGCUUAUUCAAGAGACUGCCGUUUCCCUAUGCGAAGGAGCUCAAAGACCUUCGCAACGAAUCAAGACCAAAUCUCUACUUUGAAAAUGUUAACCAAAGUUUAUACGCUGCUAUAAAGUACAUUAGAAAUGAACUUGUGUUUAAAAAGCUCAAAGAUAGACAAAAAUUGGUUCUUGAUAGAUAUAUUUCAGAUAUAGCCGGUCUCCCAAGGCUCAAUGUUGAUCAUUAUUACCCACCUGAAAAUAUUGACAAAAUGGACAAAUUUUUAACAAAGUUGAAACAAUCUGGAAUCAGCCAAGUACAUUAUGUUUCGAUUGUCUACUACAUCCUCAAGGACUUUUCAUUUGAUGCUGCUGAAAGCUAUAUCAAAAAUGGUGCAUCAAAAGAAUUGUCACAAUUAGGGAACCAGUCAUUAAGCUGCAGAAUUAGUAAAAAUCAAUAUGAUUUGAUAAACUCCAUCUAUUAUUUUGAUAGGUUCAAUAUAGUGAAGGCCUUAAGAUUUUUACAAAGUGGGAGCGUCGCAAUUCAAAGCCCUCAGUUCAUUGAUCACUUAAUUAGAUUGGCAAACAUAAUACCCUACCAUCCAGAAAC